AUGUCGAUUUUCUGCAAGGUCCCACAAGCAGCCCCUGUAGCUGUCUUCAAGUUAACACAGGAUUUCACUAAGGACCAAUUCCCCACCAAAGUGAACCUCGGAGUGGGAGCCUACCGGACAGAUGAGGGCCAGACUUGGGUUUUGCCUGUGGUGAAAAGGGCAGAAAAGAUCAUUGUGAGUGAUGACAGGCUAAACCAUGAGUAUCUGCCCAUCCUGGGCCUGCCUGAGUUCAGAUCCUCAGUGUCCAGAAUUGCGCUGGGGGAUGACAGUCCAGCCAUCCAGGAGAACAGGGUGGGUGCUGUCCAGUGUCUGGGUGGUACAGGUGCUUUGAGGAUAGGGGCAGAGUUUCUCAGGUGUUUCUACAAUGGAAACAACAACACCAAAACACCCAUCUAUGUGUCUGCACCUACCUGGGAAAAUCAUGGUGCUGUAUUCACCAGUGCUGGGUUUCAGGAUAUCCGUCCAUACAAGUACUGGGAUGCACAGACGAGAGGCCUUGAUUUUGUUGGUUUCCUUAGUGACUUGGAAAGCUGUCCAGAACGCUCCAUCUUUGUCCUGCAUGCCUGUGCCCAUAAUCCAACUGGCACAGACCCCACACAGGAUCAGUGGAAGCAGAUUGCACAAGUUAUGAUGAGGAGGAAGCUGUUUGUGUUCUUUGACUUCGCUUAUCAGGGAUUUGCCUCAGGCAAUCUGGAGAAUGACGCCUGGGCACUUCGCUACUUUGUCUCCAGGGGUUUUGAACUAUUCUGCGCCCAGUCAUUCUCCAAGAACUUUGGCCUCUACAAUGAGCGUGUAGGCAACCUGACCAUUGUGAGUCGUGACACAGACAACCUGAAGCGAGUUCUGUCCCAGAUGGAGAUGAUUGUCAGGACGACUUGGUCGAACCCGCCCUCUCAGGGAGCUCGUGUUGUUGCCCUCACUCUUACCUCACCUGAACUUUUCAGUGAAUGGAAGGACAAUGUGAAGACCAUGGCUGACAGAAUCUUAUUGAUGAGGUCUCAGCUGAAAGCUAAGCUUCAGGCUCUGGGGACACCAGGGACCUGGGACCACAUCACAGAGCAGAUCGGCAUGUUCAGCUUCACAGGCCUCAACCCUAAACAAGUAGAAUAUUUGGUGAAGGAGAAACACAUCUACUUAAUGUCCAGUGGUCGCAUCAACAUGUGUGGUUUGACAACCAAGAACAUUGACUAUGUUGCCGAGUCCAUCCAUGAAGCCGUCACCGUGGUGCAGUAGAAGACACUACCCACUGAUCUCAGCACUUCCACCUGCUCAGACCUGAGCCAGGGACAGUGUAUGUAUCUAGAAGAUUUCCUGGAGCAAACAUACAAAUACAUAGACGACUCACUGGCCCUGUUUCCCCUCCAGGCUUUCAGUGUUUGUGCUAAGCUAGGCUCUCUACUCACCGCACUUCUGACAGCAGAAUAUAGUACUGAAGUGUUAUUUUAAGUAAUUGUCUUCUUAAUUUCUGGCAUUGCUACCUCACUGAUUGUUUUUUAGUGUACAGUACGGCAUGUGUCAUUACAAGGACCUUUGAGAGGGUUAAUACAUCUACGUAUGUCAGCAGUGCUGACUUUACUUUCUAAAAGGUUUUAAUGCCAUACUGUUGUGAUUCAUCCAUUUCAAAAUGGCAUGUAUGUGUGUUUUUAAUUGUUUUUGAACAACAAUGGAGGCCUUUGGCAGAGACGAAUGAGCUCAUCCAGGCCUGAGUAGAAGCAAAUCAUUGUUGGUUUUAGGCUCUGUAUGGGGAGUAUGAAAAUACUAUUAAUACAGAAAAUGACCAGUCUUAUAUUUUAAGCACAGCUACAGAAGCUUUAACAGGAGGAAACAAUUAGAUCGACUGACCAAGCUAUUUACCACCGCUAUCAGUGAAGCAGUAGAAAAUCCAUCAUUGGAUGAAAUGUGAAAAGGGGUUCAAUGUUCUCAGGAAGAUAUUUUUAACUAUGUACUUUAUUAAUGAUAUGCUGUAAUCUGUCCAAAGGGGUUACACUAAUCACCUCAUUGUUAAUCUGCAUUUGUGAAGUGUUGUUUCAUCUAGUUUGUGUUCAGUGAGCACAAAUGGUACUGAACUGUGUCAGGGGUUUUCUGCUGCCAGCUGAGUGAUGUGAUGUCGCUGCCUCUGUCGGCCACUUGCCAUUAAAUGUUGACUUUGCACAGCAAUCGUCUGCACUGUUAUGCAAGGCUCAGUGGCACACAUGCACCAAUGAUCAACUAGUUUGCUGUUGUAUCACUGUGUACAGUACACUGGUAAAUCAGUCAUGCCCUCAUCAGACCA